AUGCAGAAAAAGAACUUCACAGAAGUAGUAGAAUUCAUCUUCUUGGAAUUCUCUAUCUCUGGAAAACACCAGACAACCAUGCUCUUUGUGGUUUUCCCAACUAUCUACAUUUUAACUCUAGCUGGUAACAUAACCAUUGUGACCACCAGCUGCAUUGACCAUUAUCUCCACACUCUCAUGUACUCCUUCUUGAGCAUGCUAGUUAGUUCAAAGACAGUAUACACAUUGGUCAUUGUCCCACGAAUGCUUUCUAGUCUCAUUUUUUAUAACUUUUUGGCAGGCUGUGCAAUACAGAUAUUCUUUUCUGUCAUCUUGGCCACUAAUAAUUGCUUUCUACUCCCAGCAAUGAGCUAUGACUGCUUUGUGACAAUCUGCAACUCUCUAAGGUACACAGUUAUCAUGAGCAAAGGGAAACAUGCUAGGUUAGUAUGUGGGUCCUUUGGCAUUGGUCUGGUUAUGGCAGUCCUCCAGAUAAUAGCCACAUUCAAUUUUCCAAUGUCAAAAUCGAACUCCACUGCUAUGACUGAGUUCCUCUUUGAAGGUUUCUCCAGCUUUGGGUGGCAAUACAGGCUUACUUUCUUUGUCGUCUUUCUAACUUUGUACCUGCUGACUUUCACUGGCAAUAUCAUCAUUGUUACUAUUAUUUGCCUGGACCAUCACCUCCAUACUCCCAUGUACUUUUUCCUGAGUAUGCUGUCCAUCUCUGAGAACUGCUACACUGUGGCCAUUAUUCCCCGCAUGCUUUCUGAUCUCCUGAGUCUGCAUCAGCCCAUUUCUAUUCAAGGCUGUGCCACUCAGCUCUUCUUCUAUCUCACCUUUGGUAUCAAUAACUGUUUCCUUCUCAUGAUCAUGGGAUAUGAUCGCUACAUGGCCAUCUGCAACCCCCUACGGUACUCAGUCAUCAUGAGUAAAGAAGCCUGUAUACAAUUGGUAUCUGGGUCAUUGGUAAUUGGCCUGGGCAUAGCCACAGUUCAACUAACGUCUGUGUUUGGUCUGCCCUUCUGUAAUGCCUUUGUCAUCUCUCACUUUUUCUGUGAUGUGAGACCCCUGCUGAAGCUGGCCUGCACAGACACCAUGGUCAAUGAAAUCAUUAACUUUGUUGUCAGUGUCUGUGUCCUUGUUCUACCCAUGGGCCUGGUCUUCAUCUCUUAUGUCCUCAUCAUCUCCACCAUUCUUAAAAUUGCUUCAGCUGAGGGUCGGAAAAAGACCUUUGCCACCUGUGCCUCCCACCUCACAGUGGUUGUCAUCCACUAUGGCUGUGCCUCCAUCAUCUACCUCAAACCUAAGUCCCAGAGUUCCCUAGGGCAGGACAGACUCAUCUCAGUGACCUACACUGUCAUCACUCCCCUGUUGAACCCUGUCAUAUACAGCUUGAGGAAUAAGGAGGUCAAAGAUGCUUUGUGCAGAGCCAUGGGACGAAAGCUCCUCUUCUCCUAA